UUAACUUCAUCGUCCUCUUACCUCUCUUUGCUUCAGCUGUGAAAUUCACAGCCACCGAAGCAAGAGAAAAAAAAACCCUCAAAACCCCAAAACGCACCGUUUCAUUCCUUCACGUUUUCAUAGUUCUACUAUGCCUUCAUUACCUAUCACAAACGACACCGUUUCAAUGGAAAGCCCUAAAUCAAAAUCAUCAAAAAAGAAAAAGCUUCUCCAAAACGACGUCGUUUCAGAGGUCGAAGCCGUUUCGGCGAAGAAAAAGGAGAGUUCGAAGAAAAGGAAGAAAAGUUCAGAUGAUGAUGAAGAAACGAAGAGUGAUAUAAGCUCUGAAGAAGGUUCUAGAAAAGUGAAGAAGGAGAAAAAGAAGAAGAAAUCGAAGGUUGAAGAUGAAGAAAUUGUUGAAGAAGAAGAGGUUGCUGUGAAGAAAGAUGAUCCGAAUGCAGUUUCGAAUUUUAGGAUUUCGGAACCAUUGAGGAUGAAAUUGAAGGAAAAUAAGAUUGAAGCUUUGUUUCCGAUUCAAGCUAUGACUUUUAAUACCAUUCUUGAUGGGUCUGAUUUGGUUGGUCGUGCUCGUACUGGACAGGGUAAAACUCUUGCAUUUGUGUUGCCCAUAUUAGAGUCAUUGACAAAUGGUCCAGCUAAAUCAGUUAGAAAGACUGGCUAUGGGAGAGUCCCAAGUGUUAUCGUGCUUCUACCUACAAGGGAAUUGGCCAAUCAGGUGUAUGCUGACUUUGAACUUUAUGGUUCAUCCUUGGGAUUGUCUGCUUGCGCUGUAUAUGGUGGAGCCCCAUAUGGCGCUCAGGAGACCAAACUUAGAAGGGGUGUUGAUAUUGUUAUUGGAACACCAGGGCGUAUUAAGGAUCAUAUCGAGAGGGGGAAUAUUGACCUGAGCCACCUGAAGUUCCGUGUCCUUGACGAGGCAGAUGAGAUGUUGAGGAUGGGUUUUGUUGAUGAUGUUGAACUCAUUCUAGGCAAGGUACAAGAUGUUACCAAAGUUCAGACACUUCUUUUCAGUGCUACUUUGCCAAGCUGGGUUAAGCAAAUUUCUACGAAAUUUCUGAAAUCAGAUAAGAAAACUGCAGAUCUUGUUGGAAAUGAGAAAAUGAAAGCCAGCACCAAUGUUAGGCAUAUUAUCCUUCCAUGUAGUAGUACUGCCAGGGCACAGCUUAUCCCUGAUAUUAUUCGCUGUUAUAGCAGUGGAGGCCGGACAAUUAUAUUUGCGGAGAAAAAGGAGUCUGCUUCUGAGCUUGCUGGAUUGUUGCCUGGAGCAAGAGCUCUCCAUGGUGACAUACAGCAGUCACAACGUGAGAUUACGUUGAAAGGCUUUAGAUCUGGGAAAUUCAUGACAUUGGUGGCCACCAAUGUUGCGGCCAGAGGUCUUGACAUCAAUGAUGUUCAGUUGAUUAUCCAGUGUGAGCCUCCGCGGGAUGUAGAAGCAUAUAUACAUCGAUCUGGGCGGACAGGAAGAGCUGGCAACACUGGAGUUGCUGUGAUGCUUUAUGAUCCCAGAAGGUCGAAUAUAGCUAAAAUAGAAAGAGAAGCAGGUAUUAAAUUUGAACAUGUAUCUGCUCCUCAGCCUGAUGAAAUUGCCAAAGCAAUGGGUGGGGAUGCUGCUGAAAUGAUUACCGAUGUGUCUGACAGUGUGAUUCCUGCAUUCAAAUCUGCUGCUGAGCAACUUCUGAACAACUCUGGUUUAUCAGCUGUUGAGUUACUCGCAAAAGCUCUUGCAAAGGCGGUUGGUUAUACUGAGGUAAAGAACAGAUCCCUACUGACUUCGAUGGAGGGUUAUGUUACAUUAAUUCUUGAGGGAGGAAAGCCUAUGUUCACCCCAUCCUUUGCAUUUGGAACCUUGAGGAGAUUCGUACCUGAGGAUAAGGUCGAUGCAGUGCAAGGUCUUGCUCUUACUGCAGAUGGACUGGGUGCUGUUUUUGAUGUACCUGCCAAGGACUUGGAUAUAUUUCUCUCAAGUCAAAAGAAUGCCGUUAAUGUAAGCCUGAAGGUUGCUAAAGAAUUGCCUAGUUUGCAACAAAGAGAGGAAUCAAGUGGGCGCAGAUUUGGCGGUGGUCGUGGAUUUUCAGGUGGAAGAGGCGGAGGAGGUUAUAGGUUUGGCGGAAGAGGUGGUGGUGGUGGUGGUGGAAGAGGUUACGGUGGAGGCAGAGGAGGGGGAAACAGAUGGUAAGAAGGAAAGUUGCAUACACAUAGAUGCUGAGCACUGAAGUUUAGUGUUGUGUUGUUGUAACACCUUACCACAUUGAUGCACAAGAAUACCCUUAGGAAUGUUUGACCAUAUCCAACCCCCUUACAAUUUUGAUGACUGUUUGAACAUUGAACUCUUUAUACGAGGGUAUAUUUUUUCCCUCUAUUAUUAUUUAUCAUUUAUGUUAUGUGUUAUCUCAUCAAUUUGAAUUUUUACUGGAACUUGUAAGAAUUAGGUUGCUGCUUUUUUAGAAAGGAUUUUUGAGUGUAUUGAUGACAAUGGAGAAGAUAUAUAUUCUAUCAUUUAUAAUUUUCUGAA